UUCAAGGGCAUUUUGGGAUACACAAGCGCCAUACUACACAACGCCUUCAACCAGCUACCGGUCUUCCGAGCGGGUGUGCACAGGCAGGUACUCUUUACCACUGUUGGCAUUUUCCUGGGGUAUCACUUGACCAAAUAUGAAAACUACAGGAAUGCCAAGAAGGACCGGGAGUUGUUUAACUACAUGAAGAAGCACUCAGAGCUUUUCUCCCAUAAAGAUCCUGUGGGAGCUGGUCAUAUUGAUUAG